AUGCAGGCAUUCAAACUAGAUCUUCCGGAGAACAGGACCGUCUCCGGUCUCCACAAUAUCCCGGCCCCGGGCCCCACCCGACCGAAAUACUGCCCCCUCAUCGUCGGCCUCCACGGCGGCAGCUACUGCAGCUCCUACUUCGACGUCGACGACUACAGCGCUCGUCACACGAGCACAUUCACGGGCGUUCCGUUCGUCGCAAUCGACCGACCCAGCUACGAGCAGACGACUCCUAUCGGCGACAUCCCCGACGGUUCAUCUUUCCAAGAAGAGUGGGGGAAGACUCUUCACCAGACGAUACUGCCCGCAAUUUGGACAGAGUUCGCCGUUCCAAACGGUUGCACCUCGAUCGUGCUUCACAGCCACUCCCUAGGAACCCCUGGAGCAUGCGUCGCCGCUGCUCUUCACGCCAAAGAGAUUUCACCCGCCUACCCUCUUGCCGGCAUCAGCUUUUCCGGCUUUGGCAACGGCGUCAAAUAUUUUCGCGAUGCUAUCCCCCCUCCAGGCGGAGAUAAACCACCCGCUUUCUUCACCAUUCCACCCGACGCCAAAGAUGCGCACAUGUUUCUUCCCGGCACGAUCGAUCCUGCUCUCAAAAAGCACACGGCCAGGCUCAACCGUCCCGUGCCUCACGAAGAAGUUGCCGGCAUAGCCAGCAAGUGGUUGGUCAACUGGAACGAGAGGUAUGCAGUCAAGAUCAGGGUGCCUGUAAACAUCGGCCUGGCAGAGCUCGACGGGUUAUGGGCGGCCACAGACGACCAUCUCCGUGAUUUCGCGGGUGCUUUCCCGGCGAGCAAGAGGGUUGACGCCAGUCUCAUCCGGGGGGCACCGCAUAACCUUGAACUCAGCUACUGGUCUCAGGGCUGGUAUGCUCGCCUCUUCGGAUUCGCCAUGGAUGUUGCGACUUCUCUCGCCGUCGAGGACAGUCGCAUGCCGAAUUAG